UACAUUUCUGGCACCGUGGAACACGGAAAUGGCCUUUGAUGUAGUUCCAUUCACAAGACCAAGAGAUGAUGAUAGUUUUUGGACAGACGAUGACGCAAAACAACUCAAGAUACUGCAGAACUUAAUAGCACAGCAGACGAAAUAUGAAAAUGCUAGUCCAGACGAACCAAAAGUACAACCCCCAAAUCAACCAGCAACACUGCUCGGUAGAGGAAUUCUAGAUAUAAUCUUAAGGCUUCCUCGUUGCGUGGGAUCCAUUGCCAUGUCUACCAUUGAAUUCAUUAAAAACAAAUUUGUCAGUUUUUGGCAGAGUCGACACAAUCAAGAUGAUGCUGAUGGUGUUAGAGAUUUGGGUACAUGGGUGUAGGAACAAUACACCGGUCGAAUAGUUCGAAUAAUUUUCCUUCCAAUUCGUCAUUGGAAACUUGCCCUUUACAGCUGUAAAGAAGGAAAUUUUAAUGGAAAAUAUAAAGAAAACCUUUGGGGGAAAGUUUUUUUUUUUUUUUUGCUGUCUCUCUACUCGAAGUAUCCAGUUCUCAAUCUAAUUGUCCCAAAGAAAUAUCAGCUGAGGACUGCAACAGUCCAAGAUCAACUACUAAACGUAAGGAACAUUUGUUUAAUACUUGCCGAUGUUCUCACUCACUGAAAGGGAUUCGAGAAUUACCGAGAACUGAGAUAAAGUGUGUAUAAUUCCACCCAAUUAUUUGUCUCUGUGGAUAUUAAAGAAUGAAGGAGUGAUUCAAUUUUGUUGAUGGUGAUAAGAAGAUAAUUAAAUCUUUUUUAUGCUUUUUAAUAAAAAAAUGUUACUGUGUUAA